GCACGACCUGAAUAUAAAUCUGUAUAUAACUGCAUUCAUGUUUCAUUUUUUUCUUCUCUCCAUUUCACUUGUUUUAUUUCUUAUCUAUUUUACUAUAUCUAUUGUGCAUUAUAGGAAAAGAGCUCACAAGUUAUGCACUGUACUGUUUUACACAUACUUUAUUCUGUGCAUGUGACAAAAAUUUUAACAAUUUAUACCACGUUUCAGUUGAAAACUCAGAAUUUAACACUUAGAGAACAGUUACAGUAUUGGGCCUAGGAGCUCUAACUUCAGAUAGUCAUAGCAAUUUGUUGCAAAGUAAAUGAGCAGUUGUGGUAUACACUGCACUUCCACCUAUUAGUUAGUUCAUACAAACAUGUUUAAGAUUUCUAAACUUUACAAUAGUUACAUGACGUAGUUGUAGAGACAGGGACCAGCAGUUUUGGAAAAAAUAUUGAAGACUGAGCGCAGUCUACUCCCCCACCGCCCCCACCCUUCCGAGCUAUUAGGGAGCUACGUGAUUGGUCCAGGCCUGAAAACAGCCUUAAGGAUCUAGAAUGUUGUACAGGCCUCUCAUUUGCACCAUGAGAAAUAUAACCUAAUUUAACAAGAAGACUACAGAAAGACUGUUUGAACCCGAAAAGUGUCAUUUAAAAAAGACACCAGUGACUUGAUUUGACAGGAUACAAAUAGAAUGGACCGUGGUGGAGGGGUCUUGAACUUUCAGAUGCAGAACUCAAAGAUGCAACACACAAUGAUAAUGCAAGAUUUUGUGGCAGGUAUGGGUGGCAUGGCUCACAUCGACGGUGACCACAUUGUGGUGUCUGUGCCAGAGGCGGUGCUGGUGUCAGAUGUGGUGACUGAUGAGGAGGGCAUCACAUUUGAGCAUGACCUGGGCUCAGAGGUUGUAGAGGGGCCAGACAUCUGCUGCAGUGACGACCCUGACGGCAUGAUCAUGACUGAGUCGGUCCUGGGGGCCGAGGUGGCCAUCGAUGAGGUGCUGGGCUCAGACCACCAUCAACAUGUGCUGACAGCAGAGCUCAUAGAGGAAUCUGACAGUGUUCCUGACCGGGUGUUUGAGAUGGUCACGGAGGAGAUCAUGGUCUCUAACUGCAACUCAGAGACAUAUGUGGAGGAGAUGGAAGACUCUGCAGUCACCAUCGAGGAGCAGGACAAUGAGGAUGAGGGGAGUGUCUCUGAGGACUACCUGGUGAUCUCCUUGGAUGAUGUUGAGGAGAAGUUGGACAUGGAGGACACGCCCCUUAAGAUGGGUUCUGAGGUGAUGCCUGAGGAGGAUGGCUCCAAAGAGGGCGACUACGACUCUGAGUGCAUCAAAGUCUACAUCUUCAAGGCAGAGGCUGAUGAUGAUGUUAACAUAGGUGGCACAGAGAUUGUAGCUGAGAGUGACUUCCACAACGGCCACACAGUGCUGGAGACUGGGGGCAUUGGCAAGCUGUCUCGAGAGAAGAUGGUCUACAUGGCAGUGAAAGACCCUUCCCAGGAGGAUUCAGAGAUCAACUGUGCUGAGAUGGCAAAUGAGGUGUACAUGGAGGUGAUAGUGGGAGAGGAGGAUGCCCCUGCCAUUCAGGACUCCCUGGAAGACUCCAGCCAUAAUAAGAACUUUGGCACUAUAGCCUGGGCUGCAGCUUAUGGUAACAGUCUGGACUCCAGGCUGGAGAACAAGAACAACACAGGUACACAUUACCUGAAGAUCAGCGACAGCCUGAGUACAAGUAGAGCUCUCAAACAGAAUAUCAAGAAAAAGAAGAAGGGAGAGACACGUCAGUGUCAGACAGCUGUGAUCAUUGGUCCAGAUGGCCAACCUCUGACUGUGUACCCCUGUCACAUCUGCGGGAAAAAGUUCAGAUCACGAGGCUUCCUGAAAAUCCACAUGAAGAACCACCCGGACCACAUGUUCAAGAAGAAGUACCAGUGCACAGACUGUGACUUUACCACCAACAAGAAGGUCAAUUUCCACAACCACCUGGAGGGCCACAAGCUCAUAGUGAAGAGUGACAGGGUACCAGAGUUCACUGAGUUCACGCGGCGUUACUGUGUGGAGAGCCCCCUCAGCUCCAACAAGCUCAUCCUGCGUGACCAGGAACCCAAGCUGCACCACUGUAAGUACUGUGACUAUGAGACAGCCGAGCAGGGUCUGCUCAACCGCCACCUGCUGGCUGUGCACAGCAAGAGCUUUGCCCACGUAUGUGUGGAAUGUGCUAAGGGUUUCCGCCACCCCUCAGAGCUCAAGAAGCACAUGAGGACCCACACAGGUGAGAAGCCUUACCACUGCCAGCACUGUGAGUUCCGCUGUGCCGACCAGUCCAACCUGAAGACCCACAUAAAGAGUAAGCACGGUGCUGAGCUGCCCUUCAAGUGUGGACACUGCCCCCAGGCCUUCCCUGACGAGCGGGAGCUGCAGAGGCACAUGGAGAUCUUCCAGGGCCACAAGACGCACCAGUGUCCGCACUGCGAGCACAAGAGCACCAACUCCAGUGACCUGAAGCGCCACAUUAUCUCUGUGCACACCAAAGACUUCCCUCACAAGUGUGAUGUGUGUGAGAAGGGCUUCCACCGGCCUUCGGAGCUCAAAAAACAUGCAGAGACUCACAAAGGUGCCAGGCUGCACCAGUGCCGCCACUGUGACUUCAAGACGCCAGACCCGUUCAUACUCAGCCGCCACAUCCUGUCCGUCCACACCAAAGACUUGCCAUUCAAGUGCAAGCGCUGUCGACGGGGCUUCAGGCAUCAGCUGGAACUGAAGAAGCACAUGAAGACCCACAGUGGACGGAAAGUGUACCAGUGCCAGUACUGUGAGUACAGCUCCUCUGACGCUUCUGGUUUCAAACGGCACGUCAUAUCCAUCCACACCAAGGACUAUCCCCACCGCUGUGACUACUGCACUAAAGGCUUCCGUAGGCCCUCUGAAAAGAGCCAGCACAUUGCGCGGCAUCACAAGGACAUUUUAAUGUAGAGUUCCACUUCACACACCCUUUCCCAUAUUCAGUACAAUCCUAUUCUCACUCACUAUAGAGCAGGGAAAUACAAAGGUUUCAAUGUGGUAAAGGAUGACAAUUGUCACAUUUUCUUACAACUUUAUUAGUUAUUUAUUAACCUUAUCCUCACAUCACCAUUAGUACUCAAACCUAGGGUGCUAUUCAAACAAACUUUGUCAGGCAAGUCCUGAACAUUGCUGAAAGCACAUUUUUUCAGUAGUAUGCUUGUGCAUGCCUGGAUUGUAUGAAUAGCACAACACUUGUUAUAUGCAGUAUCAGUGCUAAGAUAAAUUGAUUUGAACUAAUGCCAUGUUUGAUUGACUGCUGACUAUUCUCAUUUUGACCUUGGGAUAACUGUUCUCUGACAAGUCAUUGUAUAAUUUUUAGUACUGUUUCUGCUAGCAAUAAAUUGUGAAAAUAAUGCAUUUUAAAGACCCAGUUAUAAUUGCAAAUGUAAACAGUCGUCUGUGUCAGUUUUCUCUGUAUUCAAAGGGAUGGAAAGGGGAUGUGGACGACUCGGCUUUGUACUCGUAUGUGUCCAUUAUGCAUUGAAAUAAUCGCUUGUCAGACAAUCAGGGGUUUUCAAUUUUUCCCAUGUGUGCACUACUAAAAUUAUUUUGCUCAGAGCCAACAACAUCAUGUUCACUAUCAGGACUGUCUCUCAUGCAUCAGACAAAAUCAGUGUCAUCUAUUCUCAUGUCUCAACUGAAAUGUUAGGAGCUCCUUUAGUAAAUAAAGACAUCUCCUGAUAAA